CCGCUGCAACAGUGUCGAAGACCGAACAAGUCAAAGUAUGGAGGCCUGGCUCGAGUUCGACAAACGAGUUCCUUGCGCUGUUUAAAGCCGACCACCAUGACAUCGUCGACUCUACGCAAGUCUGGUACAGACAAUGAGAAAACGCUGCUUCUCGAAUAUUCCAGUGGUGAUAAAAAAGAAGCCCGAUUGAGGUCGAGCGCCAUGGGGAGCCUUGAGGAGCAUCAGCCCGCUUUUCCACCGUCCGACAUUGUCUUCCAACAUCUCAUCGUCCACAAGGCGGCGCAGCUCAAGGAAAAGCCCAACAAGGCCGAUGGCACCGUGCUCAAGUUUGGAGCUCACACCACGGAUCAUAUGCUCCAGAUCGUGUGGAAGGAGGAGCUGGGCUGGAUGCCUCCCAAGAUCGUCCCGCUUGAGCCACUCUCGCUCCACCCUUGCGCUCAGGUUCUACACUACGCCACCGAGUGCUUCGAGGGCAUGAAAGCUUACAAAGACAAAGAGGGACGCAUUCGCCUCUUCCGCCCCGACAUGCAUAUGAAUCGCCUCGCCAGAUCAGUCGCUCGCCUCGCGCUUCCCAGCUUCGACAAGGAGGCUUUACUGAGAUGCAUCGAGGAGCUCCUUCGCGUGGAGCGGGACUGGAUUUCCGACGUCGAAGGAUUCUCCGUUUACAUCCGUCCCACGGUGAUCGCUACCCAGCCAUCGCUGGGAGUCCAGCAGUCACGGGAGGCAUUGCUUUUCGUGGUUUUGUCUCCGGCUGGAUCAUCCUUCUUCUCCGCCUUGUCGACGUCUCGGCUGGCCCCGAUCAAGCUCCGGGUCGACACGCAAAACACGAGAGCGUUCCCGGGAGGAGCUGGGGACCGGAAGCUGGGAUCAAACUACGCCCCGACCAUCGUCCCGCUGCUCGAGGCAGCAAAGCUGGGAUGCUCGCAGCCGCUGUUUGUCAUGGACGACAAGUAUGGAGGAUUCGUGGGAGAAGCUGGAACCAUGAACAUCUUCUUCCUGCUUCGCUCUGGACAGGACACACUGGAGCUUGUGACACCGGCUUUGGACGGCACCAUUCUUCCUGGCGUGACGAGAGACAGCGUGCUGAAGCUCGCGACCAAGAUACAAGGACUGGAAGUCUCCGAAAGGUCUCUUCGAUUCUCCGAGAUCGAGGCGGCCGCUGGACAAGGCAGGCUGGUGGAAGCAUUUGGAACAGGAACAGCGUGCUUGAUCCAGCCAGUGUCCGGGCUUCUCAAGGAAAGCGGAGUGAUGAUCGAAGUCCCGUUUGAUUCCAAGGCCGCAAACGAUGCGGUAGCGGCAGCUCCGGGAAGUUUGGAGCUGGAGAAGGAGCACGUCAAUCGCCCAGGCUUCAACCUCUGUGGUCUCCUCGUGCGAGCACUGAUGGAUAUCCACUAUGGUCACACGCACAGCGAAUGGUCUCGCGUGAUCAUCGGCUAAAGUUCUCACCUCUAUCAAAGUUUUGCACGAAAGACUUUCGAAGUUUUAGUAUAUCCGAGGAUAUUCUAGGAUAUUCGUUAAUCUAACGGCUCUAAAGAGGUUAAAAAUUA